CCGGCUGAUCAUGCAGUACCUGAAGGAGAAUAGCCUCCACCGAGCCCUUGCCACCCUUCAGGAAGAAACUACUGUGUCCCUCAACACUGUGGACAGCAUUGAGAGCUUUGUGGCUGACAUCAACAGCGGGCACUGGGACACAGUGUUGCAAGCCAUACAGUCGCUGAAGCUGCCCGACAAGACCCUCAUUGAUCUUUACGAGCAGGUUGUGCUGGAGUUGAUUGAGCUCCGGGAACUAGGUGCUGCCAGGUCUCUCCUGAGACAAACAGAUCCCAUGAUCAUGCUAAAACAAACUCAGCCAGAGCGGUACAUCCACCUCGAAAACCUUCUGGCCAGGUCUUACUUUGAUCCUCGUGAGGCAUACCCAGAUGGAAGUAGCAAAGAGAAGCGGAGAGCUGCCAUUGCACAAGCUUUAGCUGGAGAAGUCAGCGUGGUACCUCCAUCUCGUCUUAUGGCGUUGUUGGGACAGGCACUGAAAUGGCAGCAGCAUCAGGGACUGCUUCCUCCUGGUAUGACAAUUGACUUGUUCAGAGGCAAAGCAGCUGUGAAAGAUGUAGAAGAAGAAAAGUUUCCCACACAGCUGAGCAGACAUAUUAAGUUUGGGCAGAAGUCGCAUGUAGAGUGUGCUCGGUUUUCUCCAGAUGGACAGUAUCUGGUUACUGGCUCUGUUGAUGGUUUUAUUGAAGUAUGGAACUUCACUACUGGAAAGAUCAGGAAGGAUCUGAAAUACCAGGCACAAGAUAAUUUUAUGAUGAUGGAUGAUGCAGUGCUGUGCAUGUGCUUCAGCAGAGAUACAGAAAUGCUAGCAACUGGAGCACAAGAUGGAAAGAUCAAGGUGUGGAAGAUCCAGAGUGGUCAGUGUCUGAGAAGAUUUGAACGAGCACACAGUAAAGGUGUUACAUGCCUCAGUUUCUCUAAAGACAGCAGCCAAAUUCUUAGUGCUUCUUUUGAUCAGACAAUCAGGAUUCAUGGUUUAAAAUCCGGGAAAACUUUAAAGGAAUUCCGUGGUCAUUCUUCCUUCGUCAAUGAAGCUACUUUUACCCAGGAUGGACACUAUAUUAUCAGUGCAUCCUCUGAUGGCACAGUGAAGGUUUGGAAUGUGAAGACGACAGAGUGCUCAAACACCUUCAAGUCUCUUGGCAGUACUGCUGGGACAGACAUUACUGUGAACAGUGUCAUUCUGCUGCCUAAAAACCCAGAACACUUCGUUGUCUGCAACAGAUCGAAUACAGUUGUCAUUAUGAAUAUGCAAGGACAAAUUGUAAGGAGUUUCAGCUCUGGUAAGAGAGAAGGUGGUGACUUUGUCUGCUCUGCACUAUCACCUCGUGGUGAAUGGAUCUACUGUGUUGGUGAAGAUUUUGUGCUCUAUUGCUUUAGCACAGUGACUGGCAAACUGGAGAGAACUCUGACUGUUCAUGAAAAGGAUGUCAUUGGCAUUGCUCAUCACCCCCAUCAGAACCUGAUUGCCACUUACAGUGAAGAUGGUCUCCUCAAGCUCUGGAAGCCAUAGCUUGAUUUUACAAUGAGCUAUGAAGCGUGCCUGUUAGUUGCAGGUUAUUGAUGUUGGUGCUUUAACGAGGUCUGAAUGCAAGUGUGUGAUAUUUUCUCAAUUUUCAGUUCAGGUUUCAGAGAAUGCCAUUUUUACUUCCUGGUCUAAAGUUAGGUAGAUUGAUGCUUAAAUACAGGUAAAUUCAGAUAC